AUGGAGUUUCAGACAAGGAAGUCGGCGGCCCUCGCCGCCAUGGACUCGCCGGCGCCGGAUAAAUCCCCCAAAGGCACUAUAGACGCGCCUAUCGUCCCUCUACUGGACGCCAUCAAUUCCCACCCCUCCUACUUCACCACCAGCUCAUGCUCCGGCCGCAUCUCAAUCCUCGCUCAGCCCACCGCCUCCCCCACCGCCCCCAAGAAGAAAGCCAGGGGCGGCUCCUGGCUGUUGGUUUCGCACGACUUCGUUUCCCCUUCCUCCGUGUCCACGCUUCUGUUCCCCUCACCUGUGGAGGCGGCCCGCCGCGAUGUGAAUGAGAAUACGAACCAGAGUGUUGUGUUCCGGUUCGAGCCGUUGAUAAUUGCGGUCGAGUGUGAAAAUCUGGAGGCCGCUCAGGCUCUGGUGUCGCUUGCUAUCUCGUGUGGAUUCAGGGAGAGUGGGAUUACUGGUGCAGGCAAGAGGAUAAUUAUUGCUAUUCGGUGUUCCAUAAGAAUGGAAGUUCCUUUGGGGGACACGAAGAAGCUUAUGGUGUCGCCUGAGUAUGUGGAGUAUCUGGUUGAGGUUGCCAACGAGAAAAUGGCGGCUAACAGGAAAAGAACUGAUCUGUUCUUCAGUAAGUUGGUGGAGAAUGGGUUUCCUGGCCGUGGGAAUCGAGUGAACGGUCAAAUGAACGGAGAUGGUGAAGAACAGAGUGUUGAGGCUAAGGAGUUCGAAUCUUUUGGGAGUUCUGUGGAGAAUGAGGUGGAGGUCUUGGAGGGAGAAUUGAAGUCUGAUAGUAUAGCGGAUCAUGGCUCGCUAGAAGCAUCUGGCAUCAAUCUAUCAGUUGUCAAUAUAGUUGGUGAACCUGUCGAGAAGCUUUUCUUGUGGGGUCAUUCUGCAUGUGUGCUGAACCGUGAGAAGAAGAUUGCCAUUUUCGGUGGCUUUGGAGGCAUUGGUAGGCAUGCGCGUAGAAAUGAUGUGUUGAUUCUUGAUACAGAUUCUGGAAAAUUGGAUAUAGUUGCUGUUGAAGGAUCCCCAUCUCCACGGUUAGGCCACACAUGUUCGCUCAUAGGAGAUUCAUUAUACGUGAUUGGAGGUAGGGCUGACCCAGUGAACAUACUGAAUGAAGUUUGGGUGUUCAAUAUGACAAAAAAGGAAUGGAAGCUUUUGCAGUGUUCUGGGAGUUCCUUCCCUCCAAGGCACCGGCAUGCAGCUGCUGUCGUUGGCUCAAAGAUAUAUGUCUUUGGUGGAAUUUUUGACGACUCAAUUCUAUCAUCGAUCUACGUCCUGGAUACAUGUACCUUUGAGUGGUCAGAGAUAGAAUCUCAUGGGGACCAGCCUGGGGCCCGCCAUUCACAUUCAAUGGACACGAAGGAUUCCAAGUUGUAUAUGUUUGGUGGAUAUAAUGGAGAGAGAGCUCUUGGGGAUCUCUACACUUUUGAUGUUCAAACAGGUCAGUGGAGUAAGUUAAAGACUAGUGGGCAGCCACCAAAUGUGAGGUUCUCGCACUUGAUGUUUGUGUAUUCAAAUUAUAUUGGCGUUUUGGGUGGCUGCCCUGUCAGUGAACGUCGUGAAAUGUUCUUACUUGAUCUUCAGUCGAAUUCGUGGACGAAUAUAGCAGUAAAAUCUAUUCAGGAAGGCCUUCUUGUUCGUAGCACAAUAAAUGUGGUUGGUGAUAAUCUUGUAAUCAUCGGUGGCGGGGCAUCUUGUUACGCUUUCGGAACAAAGUUCAGUGAGCCCAUGAAGAUUGACUUGCUUCAAUUAAUUUGCUUGUGCAAAGAUACAAAAUCUAGAACAUCUGAUGAAAAGCACAUUGAGUAUCAAAUGGAGCCAAAGAGUGGUGCCGCAUGUUAUAUCCAGAGUAGAAAUGAACAGAAAGUUAACGGAUUUGCCAAUACAGAUUCUGAAUUUGAAGCACAGAGGAUCAGUGAAAACCCGGUAGUGGUGACACCUUGUGUUCUCCGGAUUGAAAAACAAUAUGCAAAAUUGGGAAAGGACUUACUGAAAAAAUUUGGUUGGUUAGACCUCGAGAGGAAGGUUUACUCCCAGGAAUGUGGCGUGCAUAUUUGUCUUCCUGUUUCAGAAAAGUUCUGCACCAUGUUAGAAGCUAAAAAGGAUUUAACUGAAAAAUUUGUUCCAGUUACAGAUCUUCAUUCUUUAAAGCCAUCAAGUUGGCAAGCUUUAUUGAGAGAUACAUCAAGUCCUGCUGCUUUGAACCUGCUAUUCUCAUUUGGGGCAACCAUGAUUGUGGAUGAAGUUGUUAAAGUGAAGAAAAAUCCAAUUUCUCCUUUCAAAGCAAUGAAGGAAGUUGUAGCCUCUUUGUUGAAUCGCCAUGGUCUGCCAGCUGAACUUAUAGAGCAGUUACCGACAAGAUGGGAGAGACUUGGAGAUAUAAUCGUGCUUCCUGUAAUGUCCUUCAAGGAUCAAGUGUGGGAAUCAAUUGGCGCAGAACUUUGGCCUCUUGUUGCAAGGUCACUUGGAACUCAACGCCUUGCACGACAAGGUCAAAUUGCACAAACUGGAACGAGAGACAGUAAGUUAGAGAUUCUUAUUGGGAAUGAUGGAUGGGUUGACCACCGUGAAAAUGGCAUACUUUACUCUUUUGAUGCUACCAAGUGCAUGUUUUCAUGGGGCAAUUUAUCCGAAAAGCUGCGUAUGGGCAAUCUUGAAUGUAGAGAUCAAGUGGUUGUAGAUUUGUUCGCUGGCAUAGGAUAUUUUGUACUCCCAUUCCUUGUGAGGGCCAACGCCAAAAUGGUGUAUGCUUGUGAAUGGAACCCACAUGCUAUAGAGGCACUUCGUCGAAAUCUUCAUGCUAAUUCUGUGGCCGAUCGUUGUAUUGUACUUGAAGGUGAUAAUAGACUCACUGCUCCUAAGGGAGUUGCUGACCGAGUCUGCCUUGGCCUGUUACCAUCAAGUGAGUGUAGUUGGGUCACAGCCGUCAGAGCCUUAAGAGAUGAGGGUGGGAUCUUACACAUCCAUGGGAAUGUGAAGGACACCGAGGAGGGUAUAUGGACAAAUCGCGUUGUGCAGUCCAUUUUGGACAUUGCUAAAUGUGAAGGUCAUUGCUGGGAGGUCUCAGCCGAGCAUCUCGAGAGAGUAAAAUGGUAUGCUCCGCACAUUCGCCAUGUUGUCUUAGACGUCAGGUGCAAACUAAAGAAAAGGUGA